AUGUUAUUACAACCAAUGAGUCCGACAAAAAUCAAAAUUUCAAAUAAACCAAUCAGAAAAAACUCAAAUGGUCUACAAACACACAUAAGUAGUUCGACAUAUGUUGCUCAACAACGUGCCAAAGCUCGAGAUAUUGUAUUAUGUUUACAACGUAAAAAUAUAAAGCUUGUCGCUAUUGAUUUUGACAAUACAUUAUUAUCCAUACAUACAUGUGGUUAUUAUCAAGGAACAGUUGAUAAUUUAUUAGAUUAUAUUCGAUCAACAUUUUAUUAUUUUAUUCAAGAAAUUCUUGAUUCACCAUCAUUUAAUCAAACACUUCAUGUAUGUAUUGUAUCUUUUUCAUCACAGGAACAAUUGAUACGAAAACUAAUCGAACAAGCAUUCAAAACAUCUAAAUCUGAUCGAAUUAUAAUACGAUGUAAUUCACCGGAAUUUAUAUCGAAUAUAAAUCAAAAAGAUUUUCUUGGAAAAGAAUAUCAUUUAUCAUCUGUUGUUACUGAAAUAGCAACCAAACGUAACAAAACAAUAAAACAACAUGAAAUUUUAUUAUUAGAUGAUGAUGUUAAAAAUAUUUUAAUCGCAGAAAAAUUUGGUCAUAGAGUACUUGAAAUUCGCGAUGAAAUUAAUUUAGAUAUUUUAAAAAAUUUCGCUGAUCAUAUUCUAUCUGAAUGUUAA